CUCGGCAAGUCUUCGUAUUAUAUAUUUAAUAUUUAAUGUGUAUUUUACAGAUACGAGAGAUGUAUGUGCAUACGUAUUCGAGAAAAUUCCUAUGCUUUUCAAAAGCUUUAUUUUAAAAGAUAUAAUAACUACAUAAAUACAUGCUUGAAAUUAAAUAUUUAGAAGAUGAAGCAGAAUGGUCAAAGUACAGACUCCACUACGGACUCUUCUAGCGGCUAUUUGAUCCAGGGAUUCCGACUUUACUCAGACGCUUCUUGCAAUUAUGUUGGAUGCAACCUUACCAAUUCAAAUCACUAUCAUUGUAAUUCCUGUGGCUAUGGAACAAGCCAAGUUGAAGAUGGACACAACCACAAAGCUAACUGUCCAGCCCUUAAUUUUAAUGCGUUUGGUCGCAAUUUUGACCCUAUGUACCCCACGCCUUCACAGUCCCAAGACUGCACAACCUUUUACCCCAUGUACGGACUGCCGCAGACAACAGUACCACCAACAAUUUCCCCAGGAACUGGGUCAUACUUUCGAACACAACCAGCCGUCUUCAGUCCUUUUUACAACAGUUACGAAGGCUACAAUAAUCAAACUCAUGACUCCUGGCCUCCAGUCCAUCGUCCCCAAAGAGAAAUCGAUGGACGCACACCGUCCAACAAAGAAAGAAGCACGCCCAAAGCUCCAGCGCAGCAGUCGUCAUCAACAAGCAGUUGCCUUUUUAAUCAAGGAGCUGAGCAGAGUUAUGUGGAACUUUCAGAGCAGUGUUUCAUGAGUCGAUCCAAUAACACGCAACAAACUUCGAGACCUGGGAGCCAGAAACAGUUGCCAAGCAUCGACCCCACCUUCAACUUUAUUGUUGUGCCUGAAGACGGAACUUAUUCGCCAGCACCCUUCACAUUCCAGAGCAUGACAAGUGAUGGCUUUGCAGAUAAAUCAACUGCCUUUUCAGUGGUCGAUGAACUUCCAAGUGAAUCUUGUAUUCCAUUUCCUCCUGUACCAUCACAUCAGCCACCAUCUUGCCUUUUGGAGACAUCGACAGGUGACCAGGACUCGGAUCUUGGCUCGGAUGAGCACGAAAUUAUUGUCGAAGAGACGGGAGAAGAUGCUCUGCCAAAUAUGCUCAAGCAAAAUUGUGCUAUCUGUUGUGAAUCGUGCGGCUGGUCUGCAGUACCUAUUCGAGAGGACCACCCUUUAACCCUUUCUUCACAGACUGCUGUUUGGGUGAAGCUGCAGCAAAUAAUUGGAGCCAAAGUUAAAUCAAAAUUAAGAGAGGGUGUUGUAAUGUGCUCAAAAUGUUUGCAUCUUCUCAAUACGGUGGAUCAGCUUCAGGCUCAACUCACGGAAACGUCUGCUCGUUUAGUGGAAAGAUUAAAAAUAAACGAGGCUGAAAUGGACUUUCCACAUCAAAAUCCCAACCACAAGCUUGUAUUUUUUGGUCAGCCUGAGAGAGAACAAUUUGAAAAUGGUGCCGUUGUUCCAGAGCCAGUACUGCAGUUGGCCGAGGAAGCGCCAAAGUUAGAUUCAAAAUGUCCUUCACCUGAAAUAUCCAAAAACCUUAAGUGUGAUGUUUGCGGGAAAGAGUUCAACACAAAGCGCUCAAUCACAAGCCACAUGAGACAACACAUCAAACAUACAAAAGUGAAAAUUAGAACAAAGUUCAUAUGCGAGCUCUGUGGGAAGCAGUUCAACCACAGAAACAAUUUGGCAGACCACAAACCAGUGUGCUCAGGUGUUUUUCCCCACAACUGCAGUACUUGCGGCAAAGGCUUUAUCUUGAAGACAAAACUUCGGGUGCAUGAGGCUACGCACGAAGGAAAAUACCCUUUGCGAUGUGAAAUUUGCCAGAAGGGCUUUUUAAAAACAAGUGACUUGAGUGUGCACAAGAGAACCCAUUCUGGCGAAAAACCUUUUAUUUGCGAAAUUUGUGGCAAAAGCUUUGCCAGCGUUGGAAACUAUAAUCAUCAUGCCAAACUUCACCGGGACGAAAAACCCUUUGUCUGUUCCAUUUGUAAUAAACGGUUUACCCGUAAAGGUUAUUUGAUGGUGCACCUCAACCGUCAUAAUGGUAAUAAACCAUUUCAGUGCAACAAGUGUGAUAAAUCUUUCCCAGAUAGAAGUAAUUUGUAUCACCACAAACGGCUUCAUGAAGGUUAUAAGCCUUACACAUGCCCCAUAUGCAAUAAGGCUCUUAGUUCAGGACUCCAAGCCCACAUUCGGACUCACACUGGUAUAAGACCAUUUACUUGUAAAAAGUGUGGACAGUCAUUUACUGCAAGUAAUUCAUUGAAGAAACAUAUGACAAGACACGAUUAAACUUGUUCACAUAAAUUCAAGAAACUGCGAGGAAAUUUUCUUCUUAACUGUUUGUAAUAAGACUGAUAUAAUAAAAGGAUUAACCAGAAAAUAUAUAUUUUUUUU